AUGCUUUGGUCUCCCUCCGGAUGCGUGGCUGUAUUCUUCGCCGUCCUAGACGUAUGCCAGGCGCAUAAUCCAGGAGAGGGCGUUGAAAUUUGCGCAAAUGACCCUCUUAACCCGCCUUGUACUACGGUCGAAGCCCCUAGCGGCCUUUGCGUCGCCAUACCAGAGGAGUAUAAGAACAAGGUAUCUGGCGUCAGGGCAAACGAUACUGCUAGUAUCUGCCGCUUUUAUCUAGAGCCGGAGUGUAAGGGCGAGUACUUUGAAGCUGGUACUGAAGCUGUUAACCUCUACACGGGGCGUCCUGAGUUUAAUGAUAAGGUCACUUCCUUUAUUUGCGACACGGCAAAACUAAUAGCAGCACCUAAGUCCUCGGAAUGGACGUUCGGGCGCCAGAGGGAAUUAUGCACUCAUUUAGAGACGCUAUCUCUUCAAUUUAAGCUAGGUAAUAAUAUUGGAUCCGGGACGUACGAUAAGAUCAAAUUAGGUUUUGAGCACGCCGGACAAACGGUACACGUCAUCGCAGAAGGCCCUUUCCAUGGUUACGAGGUUUCCCAGGAUAUUAAUAUACAGGACGUGUUUGGGAUGGAAACUGUGGCACUAAGUAAAAUUAACAGACUCCGCCUUCUUGAUGAGCAACCAGGCUGGACAUUUGGAGCAGACAAGUGGGAAAUUGCUGGAUUCACGCUCAAAGGACGAUGCGCUAACUCGGGAAUGACUAUCGCGCUUGAGAAAUUUUCCUCUCUCAACGAGUGGUUGCAGGCUCCGGGAUGGUUCCCGUACCAGGUGGAAUUGGAGGUCUGGGCAGGCGACGUCCAACCCGAAGACUGGGUUACUAAGUCUCUAUGCAAGCAAUUCCCAAGCAUGAAGACGUCAAUCUGCAUAUUGCCGAUGAAGACUGGGACAGGAGUCAGCCCUAUCAAUUAA